AUGGAAGGGGUGGAGAUAUGUUCUAUUUCAAAAGUUUCUUAUUCAUUACUUUUGAAGGAAGGUUCCAAUAAAAUCUGCUCCUUGGCCUGCACUCCAAAUGGUGUCAAAUUGGCCGUGGUCGGACGAGAUCGCGUUAUCACCCUGAUCGAUGAAAAAGGCGAUGUGAGGGAUCGAUUCAGUUCAAAACCAUUGGACAGCAAGUACGGCAAGAAGUCUUAUGCGAUUAAAUCGGUCUGCUUUUCACCCGAUUCCUCGCGACUCGCCGUCGCCCAGUCUGACAACGUCGUUUAUGUUUACAAACUUGGAGAAUCUUGGCAAGUGUUUGAUUCAAUUUUUGUUGAAAACCCGACUUCUGAAGUAUAA